GUUGCUGCUAUCAUUUGAUAGUUCGCUUGUAGCCGGUCCAAGUUGGCAAUGUCACCCCAAGCUGAUUGGAGCCACAGACAUUUUUGCUGACUGGAGUCAUGCUAUCUUUGCCAGUUUGCUGGAAUAGACACAGACACUGAUUGGGUCAUGCUGAAAACAUUCCUGUCCUAUGAAGCAAGUCUGUUUGUAUUUUAGGUUUGCCAGGACUAAUGAAUUAAAAAUCUUGGGCUCGCCACAGUUUGCUGCUUAAUAAUGCCUGUGACAGAAGGAUUUUUUCCACCCUGAAGCAUGACAGCAUCAUAAUCCCUCGCCUCUGGAAAGGAGAGGAAGGAAAACGGAAUUGUGGAGAAAAGCGGAAAAGGGUGAUCUUUUGGGACGGCAAAGCCUAUGGGAAGUGCAGGUAGCAGCAUGUUGCCCUGACAGCUGUCUCAGCUUCUCAGACCUUGUCAGUUUGUUGCUAUGCAGCAGGUGCAGCCUUUUCUUUUAUUGAAGCUUUACUCCAUAAAGGCAACGACAAGCCAAGGCAGUGGCUGGCCCUGGAUUAUACAAGUGCAGACACUCCACUAAGUGAGGGUCUCAUCUCCUUAAAACCAUUGUUUGGAGUUGGUGGUCUCAGAAGAAAUACCAAGGACUGACACAGGUCCAGAUCCGGGAGGCAACCCAUGCAGAAAGACCCCUGCACCUGCAGAGAGUUCCACUGAGGAAUCACCACCAAGGUUUGGCGAGCCACUAACUUUCUGACCAUUGAGUGUGCAACUACCAGGCACCCUUUGACUGGGGGAGCAUGGGUGGAAGAACCAGGCAGCAUUGCCACGAGUCAAGGCUUGCUGAAGGGGCAAUGGCGGGGAGCAAGCAGCUGGAACAAACAAGUAAAAGCAUUGGCUCAAGUGCCCACAUGAUCACCACCGCCAGGGUACCUGCUGAUAAGCCAGUACGAAUUGCCUUCAGCCUGAAUGAAACCCCAGAUGAUGAUGCAGCUGAAAACUCCUUCCCUUUGGCAUUUCCAGAACUAGAUCAGCAGCUGCAGCAUGUACUACUCCACUGCAAUGAAGGGAGUUCUUGUGGUUUUGAUGGGAGCAGGAAUGAGCCAGGUAUUACAUUCUUAUGCCUACAGGCUGUGCUAAGGUUGGUAUGGUCAGCUCUCUCUGAAGCAUCCCAAGGGAAUGCCAAGGUAUGCAGUGCCAUCCUAUCUCUAAUCUCGGGUAACAAAAGCCAGUCAUCAAGACCAACUUCUCAGAAUUACUCUGGUUCAUGCUGCGCAGCCAGCAACCUUCGCGUGCUGCCCUAGCAGAUGCCUGCAGACAGUACCAGAGAACAGAGGUGAACCCUUUUGUGACCACUCUGACUUGUGAUGGCAGCAUAGCACAGCAGAGCCCUGAUACACUGGGCGAUCCAGCAGCAAGUUGACGGCAAGUCCAUGGUUGUCCAGGCACAGAGCCAGUUCUGUAUCCAGGGAUUAUUUCCCUUUCCUCUGUGGCGGUUCUGGAGUGUUUGUUGGCCUUUGUAAGCUACUUCAGAUCAUCUGUUUCCCAGGAGCAUUUAGACUUCCUCUGAUAUUUCAAUAUGAAGGCAGUUGUUUCCUGAGUGUAAACUGAGAAAGGCAUUAGCGGGCCGUGGUGUCCAAUGAUGUCAUCCUUCCUGUCUCCAUCAGCGAGUGGGACAGCUCUGGAGGGCUGCUGACUUAAUGGACUUCACUUUCUCUCCUGCUGUUCUCAUCAAAAGGAUGGCUGAGGAAGGAAUGGAGGAUGGCAGAGACUCCUCUUGCUCUGUCCCUGUAAUCCUGAGAAUAGAGACAGGUUCCCUAGGCAUAGCUAGGAAGGAUUAAAGGAAUGAAUAGCAAUUUAAGAUCAGGGCUGAAAAGAGCAGGGCAAUAUGCUGGCCUCUUUAUUCCACUGCUCUUCGGGUGCAGCAGAGAGGACUGAUGUUUUCUUCCCUCAGAAGGAUUCAAUUUGAGAAAAGCAAUAUUGUGUUGCGGCCGAAGCACCGAAGUGAAUGAACGUCAGUAACCUGCAUUCUUUUACCAACUCUGUCAGUGACACACUGUGUGAUCUGGGAGAAGUUGCCUCAUCCCUCUGUUGAUCUGUGAAAUGAGGUUAAUAAUUUUUACCUUCCUUUUUAAAGAGCAUUGAGAUCAGUGAGUAAAGACUGCUCUAAAAGAGCAAAGUAUGAUUGUCAUUACUGUCGGUGCAUAAAAACAAGAUUGCUAGUGUUAGAUGUAGGUACUUUACAGGCCAAGUGAUGAUUUGUUGUUAAGACUUAUGACCCAUUUCUGGAACGUAUAAUGUGCUCUAAGCUUGUAAUUUUGUGAUAGAUUGAAAUUGCUCCUCUGGAAGCAUUCAAAUCUGUUGGAUAAAUAAUAGCCCCUCAGUAAAAGUUUUCUAAGUAAGGACUAGAGCAGUUACACAAAGUACACCCUCUUGGCCUGUUAAGUACCUAACAUUUACUUUUUUUUUCUAGAGAACCUUCCUUUACUCUCAUCAUCGCAGGAUGACAACAAAUUCAAAUAAACAAUCAAAGGCUUUG